AUGGGUAGACUCGCGGCGUGCUGGGUCACCGUCUUCCUUGUGUUCGUCCCUUGCGGUGAGGUCAUCGGUCACCUGGCCCGCCGCGACACAGUGCUGUCCGUGGUGCGCAUCGCCAACGCGGGCUGCGGCGGCGGGGACAGCAGCGGCACGUGCUACACCGCCUUGGAGUGCCAGCAGCGCGGGGGCACCUCCAUCGGCUCCUGCGCCCGGGGCUUCGGCGUCUGCUGCUACAAGGAGAUCACCUGCGGGGGCUCAACAUCCACGAACUGCACGCACCUGGUGAGCCCCAACUACCCCAUGAAGUACAACGAGGCCCGCACGUGCACCAUGACCGUCACCCGCACGCCGGACAUCUGCCAGCUGCGCCUCGACUUCAAAACCUUCGACACCUUCCCGCCAGACCAGUUCGGUGUGUGCAACGAGGACCAGUUCACAGUAGAGGGAGAGAGGAAGUUCACGUACCUGUGUGGAAAGGCACCGACGGACUGGCACUUCUAUCUGGAUGUCACCGGCCAGGCCAACCCCACCGUGUUCAACUUCGACACCUCCGACGCCAACUACAACAGGCGGUUCAGGAUUAAGGUGUCCAUGAUUGAGUGCUCCAAGAAAGUUCAAGGGGGCUGCGGGCAGUACCUGACGGGGAACAGCGGCGUGGUGCAGAGUUUCAACUACGGCGGCUUUUACCUGGCCGGCCUCGACUACGGCAUCUGCUUCAGGAAGGAGAAGAACAAAUGCACCACCACCCUGCGCACGGCCGGCCCUUCCUUCAUCCGCUGCCCCAAUGACCUGUACCGCCUGCCCGUGGGUCGCUCCGCCGCCAACUUCAACAACCCCCUCGCCACGCUCGCCCUCUACUGCCAGCUCGACACAAACUUCGCCCCCUUCGCCUCGCUGGCCAGGAUAAAGUCACCGCUCACCACCGUCGGUCGCGGCCCCCUCGUCAUCUGGCACCGCACGGACCCCGACGACGACCAACCCAACUACCAAAGCACCGCCGCCUGCACCGCCUGCGCCGGCUUCUUCCAGACCUACACCCACAACGACUGCUGAACGACGACUACAAUACUGGAUGCAUCUCUACACUGCUGAGUGCUGACUAUAUACAUCGCUGUCUCCCUAUGCUGACCUAUCCACACAACUACAUACUUACAGAUACAACGACUGCUGACUGCUGACUGUACUGCUGACUAAGGACUAAUGGAUGAAUCUCUAUACUGCUGACUGCUGAUUGCUGACUACUGACUGAUUUCCUACACUGCUGACUUCUAAUUACGUCCUGACUCCCUACAUUGCUGACUGCUGACUACAUACAUGGCUGACUUCCGGUACCAAUCACCACUACUCAGCGCAACUCUUCCAGGCAACUGCUGACUCUACUGACUGCUGAGUGCUGACUUGACUAAACGCAUGGCUGGUUCCCUACACUGACAUACUGAGUGCUGACUAGACAUGUGCCCCGCUAUUCUGACAUGCCGACUACUGUGCUGCAUGCUGACUUCACGUGUGGCUAACUCCCUAAAUAAAUAUAAGAAAGUUGGCACAUUAUCGCACUCACACUCACUUAUCGUAUACAGAGCACAAUUGUUUU